AUUCUUGAACUAAUUCUGAAAACAGUCUUCUAUUAUUUUGCUUAGCUUAAAAGAUUGGUUAAUAUAUACUUCUGAAGGUGUCUUUUGUUGAUAAAACUUAUCUCAUUCUAAAGUAGCUUAGCUAUCUACUGUGCAUAAUGAAUAACGAGCAAUUUAACAAGUAACUGACACCGACGGUGAAAACUCGUCAAUGUCAUUAAAUGUGAGAUACAAUUAACUGCUUCGACUGUUGUUGAUACGGUUGAUGUGUGCGCUAUAGUCAAAUAAUGAUGAAAGCAUUUUUUUAAAAAUCACCAGCUCGAUGAUUUAGAAAGAAAUCCUCCCUGUUAGUCUGAAAUAUAAUAAUAUUUGGUGACAUUGUGGUUACGAUGGCAUCUUCAAUAACAAUUCCUCGACGUCUACCUCUACUUAUUGCUGACAAUGUCUUGUUACCAGGUUCUUCAAUGCGUAUUUUAGUUCGCAGCUUACAGAAUGUGAUAGCUUCCUUUAUCUUUCAGCAUGAAUAUGGUAAAAGGACGUCUUAUGGGACGAAGCUCACUUCGCAGCACAAUCAUUGGUGUAAUUCCAAAGGAGCAAAAUGAUGACACUGAUGAAGAUUUAAGCACCCUUCACUCAAUUGGAACAGCAGCAGUUGUGGUUCAGGUAACUGGAACCAACUGGCCUAAACCAGCAUAUACUCUGUUAGUAACAGGACUGUGUCGGCUGAAAGUGGAGGAACUAUUACAAGAGACUCCAUACCCUGUAGCUACUGUCACUCAACUUGACCAGCUGCCUGAUAAAGAUUUAGAUGACAGUUUUAUAAUGGAUAAGGAACUGAAGAAAAUGGCUGAAAACUUCCGUGAACAUGCUGUAGAGCUUGUAGGAUUGUUAGAUAUUUCAACCCCUAUUAUGGCUAAACUGAAAAAAAUGUUGGACCAACUACCCAGUCAGCAUUUACCUGAUGUCUGUGCUGCCAUUGUGAAAGCUUCUUAUUCAGAGAAGAUGCAAGUUUUAGACGCUGUAGAACUAUCUGACCGAUUCAAGCGUGCACUUCCUUUGAUUGUCAGACAAAUUGAGGCUCUUCGCUUGUUGCAAAAAGUUAAGAAGGAAAAGUUUGAAAUUGUCAUACGCAAAGAAAUGGCUCGUCCGUCUCAUUCAAAGAAAAUUUUCCGGCGAGUGAGUGAGGAUUUUGAUGAUGGCCAGGAGAUCGAUACUGAUGAAUAUGCAGACUUUGAACAAAAAAUCAAACUUGCAAAGAUGCCAAAGGGUGCACAUAAGGCUGCAAUAAAGGAACUGAAGCGGUUUAAGAAUAUGAUGCCUAAUAUGCCAGAACAUGUUAUGAUCAGGAAUUAUCUAGAACUUAUGGUGGAACUUCCUUGGUCAAAAAGCAACAAGGACACAUUGGACAUUGUCCAAGCUAGAAAAGCUCUUGAUAUAGAUCAUUAUGGUCUGGAAAAAGUAAAGAACCGUGUUCUGGAAUACCUAGCUGUACGGCAGCUGAAAAACAGUUUGAAAGGACCAAUCAUGUGUUUUGUUGGACCGCCUGGUGUAGGUAAAACCAGUAUUGGGCGAUCUAUUGCACAUAUCUUAGGAAGGGAAUUCCAUCGAAUCGCUUUAGGGGGUAUCAGCGAUCAAAGCGAGAUCCGAGGUCACCGCCGCACAUACAUUGGGAGUAUGCCAGGACGUAUUAUUCACGGCCUCAAAUUGGUUGGAACUAAUAAUCCAGUGUUUUUGUUUGAUGAGAUUGAUAAAAUGAAUAAGAGCAUCCAUGGAGACCCAGCUGCUGCAUUGCUUGAGGUUUUGGACCCUGAACAAAACCACACGUUUACUGAUCACUACCUGAAUGUACCAUUUGACCUCUCACAAGUGUUGUUUAUCUGUACAGCCAACAACUUAGCUCCUAUUCCACCUGCAUUGAUUGACCGCAUGGAAAUCAUUUCCAUCCAGGGUUACACUGAAGAGGAGAAGUUGCACAUUGCUGAGAGGCAUCUGAUGCCUAAACAACUCACUCUACAUGGAUUGUCACCAGAACUGCUUCACAUUCCCACUGAUACAAUUAAAUUGAUAAUUUCACAGUACACCAGAGAGGCAGGAGUGAGAAAUCUGGAACGAACAAUUGCAGCCGUGUGCCGUGCUGUGGCUGUUCAGGUGGCUGAAACUUAUUCACCCAGUCUACCAUUGAAGCAAGAAGACGAUUCAAAACCAACCAGCACAACAGAUGCAGAGGAAGAGAAUGGGAAAACUACAACUGCAGACACAACAGACGAUAGUUCUAUCGGUGACAACCUUGAGACUACUGUCGCUGAGUUAUCUCCCAUGGCUCACCCUCCUGACACGCCUAUUGUUAUUGAUGAAACUGCUCUAGAGGAUAUACUUGGACCACCUAUGUAUUACAAUGAAAUGUCUGAGCGUUUGUCCCAACCUGGAGUAGCUGUUGGUCUGGCCUGGACUGAGAAUGGAGGGCAAAUUAUGUUUGUAGAAGCUCUAAGUAUGGCUGGAGAAGGUCAGCUCACUUUGACUGGACAGCUUGGUGAUGUAAUGAAGGAGUCAGCCACACUGGCCCUUAACUGGGUGAGGAGUCAUGCUAAAAAGCUUGGUUUGGAAACUUUCUCUGUGGAUCGGAAAAACAUAGAUUUACACAUUCAUUUCCCGGCUGGAGCUGUUGGUAAAGAUGGACCGUCUGCUGGAGUUACCGUUGUCUGCGUCUUGGUGUCUUUGUUCAGUGGGCAUGCUGUUCGUUCUGAUACAGCUAUGACAGGGGAGAUAACUCUGAGAGGCCUCGUGCUGCCGGUUGGUGGCAUCAAAGAGAAAGUCUUGGCUGCCCAUCGAGCAGGAAUACGACGGAUAAUUAUGCCUAAGAAAAAUGAGAAAGACUUACAUGAGAUCCCAGUAAAUGUAAAAAACCAGCUGUCCUUCAUCCUUGCUCAGAAUGUCACAGAUGUUCUCAAUGCUGCUUUUGAUGAUGACUUUCCAAAACUGACCAUUCCAUUCUUACAAGUUCAAAGUAAACUUUAAAAAAAUUCUGGACAACACUAUUUGUAAAAAAAGAAAAAAAAACUAACCAAAUUUUAAUAUUAUUGGUAUAUUGGUAUUAACACUAACAAUAGUGAACUGAGCUGGAAAGAUGUAUGCUAUUUAGCUUGGUACCAUACUGUUCUGAGUUCAAAUUUUAUUAAGGUAGUCUUUACCUCUCAUCUUCUCAGGCCAAAUGAAUUAAAUACUGGUAUUUAUUACACAGAAGUUGAUUCAAACAAAUAAACUGCUCCCCUUCAAAUGUGUCAUCUUGGACCUAUAUAGCAUAUUAUUAUCACUAUUUUGAAUAGUGGUAAGUGAGGGAGAGUGUAGGGAUCCAAACAAAAUACCUCACAGCAUUUAAUUAUAUUUCUUUAAAGUCAAUCUGAACCCCUCUGUGUUUACCUUUCAUUCUUCCAUGGUCGAUAAAGUAAGCACCAGUCAAGUGCUGGGUCUAUUUGAUCAACUACACCCCCUCCCUACAAAUUUAUGGCCUUGAGCCAAUGUUUGUUAUUUUGCUGAUAAUACAUUUUUGUGGUUAUUUGAUAUA